CGAAAUGAACAUUUUGUUUGUCCUGAAGACCUUUUCGGUCGUAUCACCAAGCAAGCUUCUGAAACAGCCAGCUGUGUUACACUUACAGGCUUAGGCGGCAUUGGUAAAUCCCAGCUGGCUCUCGAAUUUGCGCAUAGAACUGCAGCGGAAUGGCCUGAGACCUGGGCAUUCUGGGUUUAUGCCGAAACUCUAGAAGAUGUUGAAGAAGGCUUCAGAAGAAUUGCAGAGUAUAUCAAAUUACCCGCGCAGAACCUGCCAUGGGGCGACUUGUAUCAGCUCGUUUGCGACUGGCUUUAUGAUGAACAGAAUGGCCCAUGGAUUCUAAUCCUCGACGGCGCCGAUGAUCCGAGUGUAUUGUACAAGAUUUCAGAGAUUACGAACGUGCUGAAAUUUAAAAGGCGGCCACUUACAAGUUUAUAUUUACUAAAAUCACUGAGGCCGAAUAGCUCAAUAAUCGUCACGACACGCAACAAAGAUUUGGCUAUUGCCAUAAACCGAGAUCAAAAGAACAUCAUUGAAGUUGGACCAAUGCCAGUAGUAGAAGCUACCAGUCUCUUCAGAAAGAUAGCAGGGCCGAAAUUUCGACCUGCUUUGGAUAUGAAUGCGGCGAUUCGCCUUGUAAAAGGACUCGGUCUCAUUCCUCUUGCUAUCACCCAAGCGGCUCUUUAUAUAGACAAGUAUUUGCCAAAAAGUAUUACUCUUGUCAAAUAUUUGGAAGAACUUGAAGAGAACACUAUGGAAAAGUUCCGGCUUCUUCAAUUCGACGCCAAUAGCAUUGGAGUUGGACGCAAUUCAACGAGUAUCCUCGACACACUGCAGACAUCCUUUGACUUUGUCCGAUCCCAAAGGCCCUCUGCAGCAAAUCUUCUGUCGCUCAUGAGCUUUUUUGAUCGACGAGGUAUUCCCAAGUGGCUCCUUGUAUCUGAUAUACGAGGCAGUAAUACACCGCGAGCAAACAGCCCAAGUAUAAUGGGACGAUUGGAGUUGGAUGAUAAUGACGGCGACACAAACAAUGACUCAACCGAUACAUUUGAUGGCGACAUAGACAUACUCAUGAACCAUUACCUUAUUGGGGCGAAUAGAACAAGAGAUAUAUUCGAGAUGCACGGACUCGUACAACUCGCAGCUCAGAAGAGUCUAAGCGAUGCUGAGGAACGCGCAUACUGCGAUCAGUUCAUUCAUCGGUUAGCGGCAGAAUUCCCAAGCAGCCCACUUGGUAAUUGGUCCACCUGCCAAGAGCUUUUUGCUCACGUCCAAACAGCAGCCCAAUAUCCCCCUAGUGUUGAUGCUUCAGAAGACUGGGCGACUCUUCUAUAUAAUGGAGGGCGCUAUGCGCGGCUGCUAGGAGACUAUGAAACCGCAAAACAGAUGAGCGAUAGAGUAUCAAACGUCAGACAGGUGAUGGAGAAGGAAGGUGGACAAAGAGGAGGAGACAUGAGAAGAUUGGAAAAUUCAUCAUUGACCGCGCUAAUACUGAUGGAUCAGGGAGUAUAUGACGAGGCCGAAAGACUAUUCGCCCAAGUAACAGAUGCAUUCAAGAUAAUGGAAGCGAAACUUGGAGAAGGCCAUCCACAAACGUUGACAAACAUGAGUAACCUGGCGUCAAUGUAUAGGAUCCGGGGCGCGCUGCAGAAAGCUGAAGAGCUUCAGGUCAAGGCAAUGAAUGUCCGCGACAUCAAAUUUGGGAGGGAACAUCCGGACACACUAACAAGUAUGAACGGCCUUGCAUCAAUAUUCAGAGCCCAAAAUCGACUGUGGGAGGCCGAAGAGCUGCAGGUGCAGGUAGUGGAACUUCGAGGGACGAAGUUGGGUCCGAACCAUCCC